CAAGAACACGUGGAUAGGUUAUGUUGAUACAGUAAAUUCACACGAAAUAACGAAGUUUUAUUAAAUAAAUUAUUAAAACACAUCUUAUAAACCAUGUCUUCGUGGAAGAAGGCCGCUAAGGCCAACCAAAAGACGCAUAAAGAACGUCACCAGCCAGAAGCUAGAAAACAUUUAGGUUUACUUGAGAAGAAGAAAGAUUAUAAGAAACGAGCUGAUGAUUACCAUGAAAAGGGGGAAACUCUUAAGCUUUUAAGGAAGAGGACUCUGGACAAAAAUCCCGAUGAGUUCUACUUUCAUAUGAUCAAUUCUAGAGUGAAAGAUGGGGAGCAUCAUGAAGUUGAGAAGGAGGACGAGCACAGCAAAGAGCAGGUGAAGUUGAUGCAGACACAGGACCUCAAGUAUAUCAAUAUGAAGAGAACCAUUGAAAGCCGCAGCAUUAACCGGCUACAGGCUCAGCUCCACAUGUCAGAUGUAGCAGAGGUGACUCCAAACACACACACAUUCUUUGUAGAAGAGGGAGAAGAGAAGGAGUUUGACCUGGCAAAGAGACUGGACACACAUCCUGCUCUAUUGGGUAGAAAGUCCAAUAGGCCUCGCCUCUCUGAUCUGGAUAAAAUUACUCUGCCGGAUAUUAGUGAUGAGGCCCUAGAAUCAAUGAAGAAGAAAAAACAGAAGAUCUACAGUGAGUUAUCAAAGAGGAUAGAGAGGGAGAAGGAGUUGACAGUUAUACAGCAGAAAAUGGAGUUGAAGCGUCACCUACAGGAUGUUAAGAUCAUGAAACCAAGGAGGUUAAAACCUGGUACUAAAAGUUCUGCUCCUGUGUAUCAGUUUCAGUAUAUGAGGAAGAAGUAACUGAGUAAAAUAGGUACAUAAUUGCUUUAUGUAAUUUAUAAAGAGGAGAUGUCAAAAAUGGGUUUCCCUUUAACAUAAUGCAUGACACUUCAAAAAUGGGGAGUGUCGAUGGUUACAAACCAUCUAUUUGCUAUCUAGAGGUCCCAUACUGCAAAAACGUUGUCUAUUAUCUACAGAAGUCAUGUUAUGAUGUGUUGCCAAAUGUUGAAACUUGGAUUAUUGGUUGGUAAUUGCAUUGUUACAUUGAAAUAAUUUUCCUAAACAAGAAAUAAAAGUCGUUAAGUAAUA